AACGUUAUCCCAUAUGUGGUGGAUACAUGUACAUCGCCAUGCUCUUUAUAACCAUAGCACCAGGACAGAACAAUUAUAAGAAUCGCCAUACGACGCCAUGGCAAUCAAAGGCAGCAGUGGCGGCGCCGCCGGGAGGAGCAUCAUGCGGAGCACGUCGUCGAAGGUGACGGAGGAGGAGUUCAAGGAGUGGCUCAGGAGCUUCAACACCGACCGCGACGGCAGGAUCAGCCGGGCUGAGCUCCGCCAGGCUAUGCGCAGCAUCGACCUCCGGUUCAGCGGAUGGCGGAGCCGCUGCGGCAUCCGCUAUGCAGACGCCGAUGGUGACGGCUUCAUUGAAGAUGACGAGAUCGACAGCCUCAUCCACUUUGCACAACACCAUUUAGGCCUUAAAAUUACCACCUACUGAUUAUUAAUUCAAUUAAAGCAUUUUUUUUUUUUAAAAAAUGAUAAUUGAUCGAGUUUACAUAUAUAUUUAUGUAUGUGUGUGUUAAUUUAGUUAAUCAUGUGAUUAAGUUGUUGAUUUUGUUGUAUUUGGUAUAAUAAUAAACUUAUGUGUUUGUGAACUA